GCGCCUGUGGGCUCCGAGCCGCGGGCGCCGAGCUUGGGUGGAUUUAGCUGCCUGCGUGAGCGCGUGUGUGGUCACUGCAGUGGCGGUGGUGGCCGGGCCCGAUCUGGUCCGCGAGACCCCUGCGCGCUUCUGAGGAGCCCGGCUGGAGCGCCCGCCCCGCGGCCUCGCCUCCCUGCCGAGCUUCCAGCGCCUCGGGACGCGAUGAGGACCUGGGCUUGCCUGCUGCUCCUCGGCUGCGGAUACCUCGCCCAUGCCCUGGCCGAGGAAGCCGAGAUACCCCGUGAGCUGAUCGAGCGACUGGCUCGAAGUCAGAUCCAUAGCAUCCGGGACCUCCAGCGACUCUUGGAGAUAGACUCCGUAGGGGCUGAGGAUGCCUUGGAGACAAGCCUGAGAGCCCACAGGUCCCAUGCCAUUAAGCAUGUGCCGGAGAAGCGGCCUGUGCCUAUUCGCAGGAAGAGAAGCAUUGAGGAAGCCAUCCCUGCAGUUUGCAAGACCAGAACGGUCAUUUACGAGAUACCUCGGAGCCAGGUGGACCCCACAUCGGCCAACUUUCUGAUUUGGCCCCCGUGUGUGGAGGUUAAACGCUGCACCGGCUGCUGCAAUACCAGCAGUGUCAAGUGCCAGCCCUCAAGGGUUCACCACCGUAGUGUCAAGGUGGCCAAAGUGGAGUAUGUCAGGAAGAAGCCAAAAUUGAAAGAGGUCCAGGUGAGGUUAGAGGAACACCUGGAGUGUACAUGUGCGACCUCCAACCUGAACCCAGACCAUCGGGAGGAGGAGACAGGAAGGCGUAGGGAAUCAGGUAAAAAGCGGAAAAGAAAAAGGUUAAAACCCACCUAAGGCGGCCAACCAGAUGUGAGGUGAGAUGAGCCGGCUGCCCUCUCCCGGGACACGGAUGUACGUGGCGUGUGACAUUCCUGAACAUACUAUGUAUGGUGCUUCAUUGCCAAUGUGCGUGCGGUCUUUGUUCUCCUCCGUGAAAAACUGUGUCUGAGGACAAAGAGACAGUGUCCGUUUGUUCAGUGUGACAUCAAAGCAAGUACUGUAGCACUCGGAGAGACAGUGAGAAAGCUUCCUUGUCACAGAGCGAAAACAAAACCACAAAAAAUAACAAAAAAAAAAUCUUAAAAAAAUUAAAAAAAACAAAACAAAAAAAAACCCAACAACAACAAAAACCCCACCACAAGAAACAAAGAGACUGACGUGGGUGGCAGGAGGGCCGUCCUGCAGGACUGACCCUGGUGGUGGCCAGUAUUGGCCACUGCCCUGGACUCUGCCCGUGGGCACAGGUGCUUUUCGCUGAGGACACCCGGAGCCUGCCUGGGAUGCUGCCCGCUGGUUCUAGGCAAGGAAGCUGAACAGCUGGGAGAUGCCCACGGGCCUGGAAGCCACCACCUCGCUUGAGUCUGCCUAGGACCUUCCAGACGGCCUUACGUGAAAUUUCUUUUUCCUUUUUUUUUUUUUACACCAUAAAGUGAUUAAGCUUUUUCUUUUUAUUCUCUGCCAAGCUUUUUUCUUUCUUUUUUUUUUUUAAAUCUCUUGGAUGACAUUUUCGUCGAUAACAUGCACGAGGCUGCUGUAAGUUGGGACAGCGAGACGGUUAUUUUUUUCCUAGCCAAACUAAUGAGGUGUAUUAAAAUAAACAUGGUAUACCUACCUAUACAUCA